CGAUUUCUUGAGUCCCCCGAAGACUUAACUACCAUGUCCACACUCCCUACAACAUAGAAUACCCUAGUUUUCACGAAAGUUAUUUGAGCAAGUGGGGGCCAUCAAUAUGUGAUCGUCAACCCCUUAUCGGCCUCUUCCAACUUCCAAGUCCCUCCGCCCAGGCACCAUGGCCUACUUGACUAAACCAACAGUAUACAACAUCGAGGAUUCGAACAUCGCGCUCCUCGGCUCAGACCUUGAAAAGAAGGUCAGAGAGAAUGCGGGCGGUCAAGAGUCAGCUUGGGAAUCUGCAGGGGCUGAAGCGGGCCUGAAAAUAUGGAGGGUCGAACAAUUUCAGAUCGUGGACUGGCCUCAGGAUCGCUAUGGAACCUUCUACAGUGGGGACUCCUACAUCGUCCUUUAUACCUUCAAGAGCUCCCCUGAACCAAAUGAUCUCUCGUUCAACCUCCACUUUUGGCUCGGCUCUAGCACGACAAUCGAUGAAGCUGGAACAGCAGCCUACAAGACGGUCGAACUCGACGACCAUCUUCGCGGAAUGCCUGUUCAAUUCAGAGAGGUUCAGGGGCACGAAUCGUCGCAAUUCCUUUCCUACUUCCCGCGGUUCUCCUGUCUUGAAGGGGGAGUGGCAACCGGAUUCCGAAAGGUCGUCGAUCCUCCACCACUCGAUGUCAAGAAACUUUACCGUGUAACUCUUACCCGCACCCACGAUGCUGCAACUGGAAAGACCGCAUCAACGCUCGUUGUUCGCGAGGUACCCGCGAUCGCACAGAGUCUGGUUGCAGGGGAUACCUACGUUCUCGACAAGGGCGAGAAGGUCUGGCAACUAAACACGACAGGUAGCGCAGGGCAAGAGCGAUACAAAGCUGCUGAAUUCGCCCAGAGUCUUGUCAACGAGAGACAGAGUAAAUGUGAAUUGACAGUCUUCGGUCCGUCUAAACACAUCCCCGCAGACGAAGGUCACUCGGGUGUGUCGCGAUUCUUCAAUGAAUUUGGCGAUGGAGCAUCAUUGCACCCCCACCAACCCACCAGCGAGGCUCAGCCAAUCAAGAUAUUCCGCAUAUCCGACAUUUCUGGGGAACUCGAAUUCACCCCCCUCAGUGGAACGUCUCGUGGUCUGCUUUCCUCAAACGACUCCUUCCUCGUCGAUGACUCCAAAAGCCCACAAUCGCCAGCUUUGUAUGCCUGGAUCGGGAGCGCUGCAUCUUUGGCUGAGCGGCGUUCAGUCGUCCAGUAUGCCCAGAAUUAUUUAUAUCAGGAGAGGGAUAGCCAUCGAGGGCGGUUAGGCGUUCCAAUUAUCAAAAUGGAGGAGGGCAGGGAGCCUAAAGGCUUUAUCGAUCUUCUGUCAGAUUGA